GGGUUCACGUCAUCUAGAGGCGGAAGCGCAGCGGGGGCGGGAAGGUUGUAGAUCCGCACGCUGGGAUCGGUUUGCCGGUCUUUGAGUGGUCGCGCCCCCUUGCAGAACGCGAUCCGACGGCGAGGCUGUUCCGGGCGCUGUCGCGUCCCUGGGUGAUUGUAAAGUGCUGACCAAUUGCCACUGAACAUAGUUGAAACAGAAAAUAGGAAGAUGGCAGCAAACCCUUCAGGACAAGGUUUUCAGAACAAAAAUAGAGUUGCAAUCUUGGCAGAACUGGACAAAGAGAAAAGAAAAUUACUAAUGCAGAAUCAAUCUUCAACAAAUCAUCCUGGAGCUAGCAUCGCACUUUCGAGACCCUCCCUUAGCAAGGACUUCCGGGAUCAUGCCGAGCAGCAGCACAUUGCAGCCCAACAGAAGGCAGCUUUGCAGCAUGCACAUGCACAUUCGUCGGGAUACUUCAUAACUCAAGACUCUGCCUUUGGGAAUCUUAUUCUUCCUGUUUUGCCUCGCCUUGACCCAGAAUGAAGGAAAUACUUGUAAUGAAAUUGACUCUGUAAUAGCAAAUGCCAAAGCUACUAUCAUUUAGUGCUCUAUAAGCUGUGACUUUCAGAAUUUCGGUGAACUUUUAUAUUUGCUUCUUUAUAAGGAAGGUAUGUGUCAGGGCAAGCAAAAGAAAAAAAACAAAAAGGAGGGUAACCAGGAUGAUGAGAAUUUUGGAAGCUGUAUUAUCUGAGGAAUUGACAAUGCUACCUGUGACUGUAACUUACCUGUACUGCAGUUUGGUUUUAAUGCUAAAUCAUACUCUGAAUUGGGUGGUCACGUAAACUCAGCCCCCAGCCCCCCAACCAGUUGGACUGAAUACAUCAUGUCCACGCUAGACUUUUAAGAACCAUUUAUAGUACUUAACUUUAAAGAACAAGGGUGCUUUUUAAAAAUGUGAACCAAAAGGCGUAAAUAAGUUACAUUCAUAUUUGCUGUUUAUAAAAUUGGUAUCAGUGUACUUUUUGAGUUUAUAAUCACCACAUCAAUCUGAAAUAUUCUUUAACUCCUAACCAAUUUCCCUAUUCUCAAUUUUAAAAGAAAACUCAAGAUGAAGUUACCGACCAGUCUUAAACAUUGUUUAUAAACCUAUGCCACUAUAAAUUAUGUGACUA